GUGCAGUCUCGCCUAUGAUACGUGAUUACACGAGAAGAACUCUGCUAUUUCAGAUUCAACAUGGCGGCCCAGACAAAUUCGAAGUUUUUCGAAUUAUAUGAAAUGAAAGAAGAAAUAGGAAAAGGAGCAUUUUCUGUGGUUAGAAGAUGUAUACAGAAAAACUCACUAUUAGAAUUUGCAGCAAAAAUAAUAAACACAAAAAAAUUAUCAGCUAGAGAUCACCAAAAAUUAGAAAGAGAAGCUAGAAUAUGUAGAUUAUUAAAACAUCCUAAUAUAGUACGAUUACAUGACAGUAUACAAGAUGAAGGUAGUCAUUAUUUAGUUUUUGAUUUGGUAACUGGUGGUGAAUUAUUUGAAGAUAUAGUUGCUAGAGAAUUUUAUAGUGAAGCAGAUGCCAGUCACUGCAUGCAGCAAAUUUUAGAGAGUGUUAACUAUUGUCACGAACAUGGAAUCGUUCAUCGAGAUUUAAAGCCAGAAAACUUAUUAUUAGCCAGUAAAGCCAAAGGAGCUGCAGUUAAAUUAGCUGAUUUUGGUUUAGCCAUAGAAGUUCAGGGAGAACAACAAGCAUGGUUUGGAUUUGCUGGAACGCCUGGUUAUUUAUCACCAGAAGUUUUAAGAAAAGAUCCAUAUGGCAAACCUGUAGAUAUUUGGGCUUGUGGUGUGAUAUUGUAUAUAUUGUUAGUUGGUUAUCCACCAUUUUGGGAUGAAGACCAACACAGAUUAUAUGCUCAGAUCAAAGCAGGUGCAUACGAUUACCCAUCACCAGAAUGGGAUACAGUGACACCUGAAGCAAAGAAUCUUAUAAAUAGUAUGUUAACAGUCAAUCCAGCAAAACGUAUUACAGCACAAGAAGCUCUCAGACAUCCUUGGAUCUGCCAGAGAGAAAGAGUAGCGUCGGUGGUACACAGACAAGAAACUGUAGACUGCCUCAAGAAAUUCAAUGCCAGAAGGAAACUAAAGGGAGCUAUCCUGACCACAAUGCUGGCCACAAGGAAUUUUUCCAGUCGAAGUCUGAUGGUGAAAAAGAAUGAUGGUAUCAAAGAAGUCCAGUCAACAGAUAGUACUGCUACUAUUGAUGAUGAAGAUACUAAAGGAAAACCAGAAAUAGAUAGAUCUAUAACUCUAACAGAAUUACAGAUAAAUGAGAGAUCUGGUUCUCCUAGAAUACAAUGUAGAAAACAAGAAAUAAUUAAGCUGACAGAACAGCUGAUAUCGGCCAUAACUGGGGGAGAUUAUGAAGCGUAUACGAAAUUCGUAGAUCCCCAUGUUACAUGUUUUGAGCCAGAAGCAUUAGGAAAUCUGAUUAUUGGAAUGGACUUCCAUAAGUUUUAUUUCGACCAUGUGUUCUCAAAGAACAAUAAGCCAGUAAAUACCAGUAUCCUGACACCUCAUGUUCACUUACUGGGAGAAGAUGCAGCUAGUAUUGCUUAUAUCAGAUUAACACAGUUCAUAGAUAGAAGUGGUUUGCCAGUUACAACACAACAGGAAGAAACAAGAGUUUGGCAACGUAAAGAUGGCAAAUGGCAAAAUGUCCAUCUCCAUAGGUCAGGUGGUUCCUCUGCCCCUAACAAAUAAGAUGGAACAAUAUGGAUAGAAAUCUUUUCCAUUUUUGCUCAUUGGUGUGUCUGCUUUUGUCAAAGGAAGCAGAAGCAGAAUUUAAUGGCAAAGGAGUUCUUCAAUCCCUUCCCUUGUCAGUGGUGUACUCAUGGUGGUACACACAAGUCUAAACAAUAUUUUGUCAUUUUUAAUGUAACAGUCAAACUUUUUUUUUUUUAGAUUUUUCAUAGUGUUUUAAUCUUAAAAAUUUAUAUUUAUUAUAAAAUAAAAGUCUUGUCUUUAUAUAAAGAAAAUAAUGAGAUAUUUUAUUUAUCUCGCAUAAUAUUAUUCUUUCAAUGUUUGUGAGUACAGUUGUUGAGAAUGAUUUUUUGUAUGAGGUUUUUUGAAUAGCAGUGAAUUCCUAAGAUGAUGCCUUAUGCUAGGUAUGGGAUAUUCGUUAUUUAUUUUAAAAUAUCUGGAUAAUCCCUUUUUCUAUUUAUAGAACAAAUAUCACUGUGUUUAGAACAUUGAAGAAAGCUGGAUUUUGUAAAGUUGUAAUUAGGGAAGUAAUAUAUGUGGUAUUGGUUAGAGACUGUAUUUUUAUAAUAUGCAAAUUAUAUACUGAUUAGAUUUCCUACUACAACUUAAAUAUUUUGUCUGGUCUUUCGUAGCAUGCUUUACUUCACAUAUACAGUUUUAUUUAUAAACACAAUAUGUAAAAAUUUGAUAUUUUUUUCUAUAUUCUGUACAAAACUACUUUUUCUCUUAUUUUUUUUAUUAAAAGAGCAUUUUACAGUUUUAUUUCUACAGUUUUGUCUAUAUUUUUUUUUGUUUUCAUAGUUUUACAAUGGAAUUGUUGAAUUUACUUCUAAUACCCUUUUUCUUUGUGAAGUUGUAAGUUUUAAAAACUUGACGACAGAAAAUUAUCUUACAAUUGUGUAUCUGACAUUUCAUUCAGAAAAUUAGUUUAUCUGAGUAUUUUUCUCAGAAAAAAUCAUUAAAAAAGUGCAAUAUAUGUGUUAUUUUUGUUUUUCAGAUCAGAUUUAUGUCUGUUUGUUGUAUAAUGGAUUACUGGUGUCAUAUUUUGUCUUACAUUUAUUACAUUUAUAAUUAUUUUUUCCCCGAAGAGUUAAUUAGAAGGUAUUUUUGCUUUAUCUAUGAAAACAAUUAAUAAACUUAUGCAGUGUUAUGCAAAUUCAUUGUUUAAUCAGAUUUCUCGAGUCAUAGGAGCAAAUAUUUUCUUUUGAAUUUUGUGUUAAAAAAAAUUAACAGCUGAAUGACUGAACUAGAAAUUUGACAAGAUUAAAAAAAUGGAAAAAAAGUUUCUACUAUUUAUAACAAAUAAUUAUAGAUUUGAAGCAUUUUGAAUGUAUUUGGAUGUACAAAGAUAACUUAUCUUAUUAAGAAAUGGCUAUAACAACAUAUGUCCUACCUUACAAUUUUCAUUUUGUAAAUUAUAGAGGAGUAAAAACUUUCUGUACAAUUAUUUAUAAAGAAAAAAAAUCACCGACAGUAAGUUAAGAGAUAUUUUUUCCAUAUUUUCUACAAAUAGCAAUUGAUUUUGCAAUUAAAGCCAUAAUUGAAUACAUACAUUGUACAAAUAAGUUAUACUGAAGGAGGGGGUGCCAUUCAUUACUUCUAUAUAAUAGUUAAAAUAUUGAGAUAUGUAUUUGUUUCAUUUAUUAAUGUGUUAUGUUGUUAACCCAAUAUAAGAUUAAAUCCUUUAUUGCCUAAAUAGAAAAGCUUAACAUAAAUCAGAAUCAAAUGACUUAUUAUAGUACUCCGUUGGUACUCGCCAAGUUCAGUAUGUUUGAUUGAAGUGUUCAGUAUGUAUGUACAGUUCUCAUUAAGUUCUCCGAUCACAUUUGUUUAUACAAUGUCUUGUUUUGGUUGAACAUUUUGAAAUUAAAAUCAGCAUAUAUAUUGUUCAAAUUCCAAAAUGUUUUCAAGGUGUAUUUAAUGUAUGGGGAAAAUACAUCACCGCCAAAUAACUUUAUACUUUCCAAGUAUGACACUGUCUCUGUUUUCAUUGGGUAGGAUUUUUACAUUUAGUCCAUUUAUGUCAUAUGCAUAAUAAAGAUCAAUCGAUUUUUAAGUUCGUCCGCUUUAACAAGUACUCAGUAAAAAAAAUCAAUCACUUGAUGUGCAUGCUACAUUGUUAAUCAUUUGCAAAAAUCUACUCAAAACUAUAUGUCCAAUCUUAAUUUUUAGCCUUAAUCUUGAAAAGUUGUGAUUUAUUCCCACAUAGACCAAAAGCUACCACAGACUGGAUUAAUAUUUGGUCUUUGAAAAAUUCUUUUAUUUAGAUGGCAUCAGUCAGCUUGAACUUUUUCAUAAAUAUUCCACUAUAGAAUCAAUGCAGACUUGCAUGCAUAAAUAGUCAUAAUAUUAGCCACUUGAAUAGAAAUUUUGUCUGUAAAAAAAGUAUGGGUACUAUGGGGAAAAUGAAAUCUGAAAGCUCCUGAAAUUUUAUGCGUUGUUUAAAUAACUGAAAGUUUGUUCCAUUUUCAUUUACAUUAUUCAUUUAAACUAGAACUGAAUCAUACUUAGUUUGUAUUUGUAUCUGGACAGUUAAUUUAGUUCUUAUAGGGCAAACAUUUUAUGAGAGUUAUGCAGUUCCUAUAUCAAUUCUCCAUGUUUAUGUUAGGUGUACAUUUUUAUUGAAAUAUUUAUUUAUGCAUCAAAGCUUUGGUAAUUUUCAAUUUGCUUAUGUUAAUUUUACUGUAAUAUUUGCUUUUAUAGAUAAGAAAAUGUACAAUAAAAAAAAAAUACUGGCAAAUUAUUUGGUGAAAGAUUGUUAUGAAAAGCUGAUAAUAUAUUCAGUUUCCUUUUAAUUUUUUACUAAGAGAAAACAAAUUUGGGCUUAAUUUAGUUUUAGUAUAUCCAACUGCUAAACUGUUUUCCAUUUCUUGUCACACUAGUUCAGUUCUCAGGGAAAUGAUUUUAGUUUAUUUAUACUUUUACUUUAGUGGCAACAGUGAUUUGUUCUUUAGAAUCAGUAUCAUUAGAGUACUCAAGAGAAAAAUGACUAGCUCAUUAGUGUAAGUAGGGACAAAUUUUACAUGUCACUAUAGUCUUUUAUUUUAUUGUUUAAGUCUCUACAAUUUAUUGACCGUUAUUCAGAACAUGCAGACUUACCAAAGUAAUUUAAUAACUGGUCAGCAUUCUAUUUAUAUUUGGUCCUGACCUUUUGAAAAUUUGUAGAAAAGCUGAAAGUUUAAUUUAAGACAUACAUAGUUGUUUCUAAGAUGGGAAUCUUUUAAGUUAUCAUCUUAUUUAAAGUCAUUUACAGUUAAAUAUUAAAUAAUGAUAACAAAUGGUGAAUUUUUGACAAUCUUUUUGUACCUUUUUUUUCUACUGUUGCUUACUUUUUCUGGUUUUAUAGUAGAGUAAUGUUGCUAAAAUGCAUUAUUACUUUCAUUUUGAUACUUUGCAUUUCUUUCUUUUUUCUUUCUUUUUUUUUUAUUUCAAGUUAGAUCUGUUUUUCAUUUCAUCCAUUACAUGUAUAACGUCAUUUACUUGCUUCAGAUUAAAGUUCUAACAAUAUAAAAAUACAAAAUUAUCAUAUUGAGUCAUGGGCUAUAUUGAACAAACAAUUUAUGACAACCUAUCAGGUGUAAAAGUGAUAAGGUCUACCAUUUUAUGUAAUUUAGUCAAAUCUUUAGAAGUUUUAUUUGCUGCAUAACUAUUUAAGUUAUAUGUAAAGAUUUAACUUACAUCAAUUGUAACAGUAAUGUUGGGAAGUUUGGUUUAAAAUAAGGAUAUUCAUACAAUCUUAUGUGUCCGAAUCUACCUGACAAAAUAUGUGUAAAGUUCCUGAGAUCUGCAAGGAGAGAUAUUUAUGCACUCUUUGAAUAUGUUCAUCAUUUAAAGUAUCAUUACUGAUUGAGUCCAGUUUAAUAUCAUUGCUAAAUAAUGGCAUCUUUAAUACUGGGUCUAAAAGUGAGAUGAUAAUUGGUAAUGAACUAAGGUUGUUGUCAGUCACAUGACUGUAUACUCGAUAUUUCUUGACAUUUCACCUGUGAUAAACAUUCUUUUCUAGUUCAUCAUGAUAAUCAUUUCUAAUCAUCGAUAUUUGUUCAAAACUUGAUACUUGUACAAAAAUAAAUCGUCAAUUUACUGCACAGAAGUAAUGAGAACUUACUAUAAUGACAGUUGAGUUACUGUGACAACAUGUAAUUGGUUUACAUAUGAGCAUUGCUUCUUUAGAAAAUAUCUCUUUUGCAUGCCAUUCAAUUGAUAGUACUUGAUUAACAUCAACAACUAAAAACUGUGAGGGCCGAAAAUUGGAAACAGUUUAUAUUUCAUAUACUGUUUCUAUACUUUUUAUACUUACUGUCUUUUGAAGAAAAAAACCACUGGUUAUAAAAAAAAAAAAAAAGGAAACUACUAUCUAUUAGGUUGAUGCAUUGUUAUUUUUGAAAAUUCGAUGUAAUUAUUUAAGAAUGUUACUAUUAUUUAGAAGUAUUUGUUUUGUACAAGCACCUUGUUUUGAAUGUCAUGUUUUACUGCAUUAUUUGUUUUUUAUUCCAGAUAUUAUUUAUCUUUUUAUAUAUUUUCUGUUUUGUUAUUUCAUGCAUAUCAUCAAAAUAUGUCAUUGAGUGAAUAUGAAAGUGUAUAGACAUUGUAUAUAUUUUGGAUUCAUUCCUUUGUCUGUUUGGUUUGACUCUUGGAGUUUGUAAUGAACCUGGCGUACAUAGCUUUUUUUUUGCCUUUGCUUUUCCUUGGCUACUAAUGUACAGAAAGAACUGAAUUUUCUUAUUCCAUUAUUUCAGUAAAAUAUUUCGUUUACCAAAGAGUACUAACAAACCCUUAUUAGAUGGUGAAACUGGUGAAUAUUAAAGGCAUAAGUGAUUUGACAUUAAACGGUAGCUAUCAUCAGUGUUCUGAGAAUGCAACAGUAAAAAAAAUAUAUUUUCAGUUCAAUGCAACCUUUUGCAGGCAGCAUGUUAAAUUUGAGAAAGAAAUUAACUUUCAUUUAGCUUGUAUUGUGAGUAAAAAAUUUAAAACAGUAUUUAUUUUUUGGUUGUUUACUUUAUUUAUUUAUCAGGCCAUGGUGAAACAGAUAUCCUUUAUCAGAUUUAUUUUUACUGUCAAAAAUUGAAGAUUUAAAAUUUGACAAAAACACCAACAGUUAAGACAAUUAUACUCCAAUUCAGCAAUAUGGUGUUUCUUAUUUUAAACCUGCUUGAACAAUCUUAUGAAUUAAAUUUUACAUUGGUUGAAGAAUGAUAAAGGGUAAAAUUUUAUUGCUUUUGUUAGAGAAUAAAGUUCCUGUAUUUAAAUGAUGAAGGUAGAAACUUUUCCUAAUGAAUAAGUUGUGCAGGUUCAUUCUGUGUGUAUGAAUUAAAUUUUAUGUAUGUUUGUAACAAUGUUGUCCUUCCUCAGCAAUUUUUUUCAAAUUAUAUCUGUUUAUGUAGUGCUUCAAAAUUUUAAAAUGUACUUUUCAAAUAAAUCACAUCAUAACUUAA